UAAAUGGGAGGCAUAGGACCCACUAUCAGGCUGUGAGACCUUCGGAUCCGAGUCUGUGAUUGUGUCUGUCCAGUGGUACCUGCCACAGGUUUCUGAAACAUGCAUCCCUUACUCUUCCUGGCUGCCUUUUGCCUGGCAAUAGCCUCAGCUGCUCCACAUGGCGAUCCAAAUUUAGAUGCACGGUGGUCUCAGUGGAAAGCUGCACAUGGGAAAAUAUAUAAUGAGGAUGAUGAAGGAUGGAGGAAAUCAGUGUGGGAGACGAAUAUGUGGCUGAUUGAACAGUACAAUCAGAAAUACAAUCAAGACAAACAAGGCUUCACGGUGGCAAUGAAUGAGUUUGCUGACAUGCAGACCGAUGAAGAGUUCAGGAACACAAUGAAUGGUCUUAAAAUCCAGAAGGGCAAGAAUGGGAAAAUGUUUCAUAUACCUUUGUUUGCUAGUACCUCUGUACCUGUGGACAAGAGACAGACAACUGGUGGAAAAAAACAAGGAACAUUUGAUGUCGAGUGAAAGUGGCAUUGAAGAGUAAAGAACACGUGAGUUAUCACAAAUUAAAUAAAAAAAGAAGGAAGCAAAGUGUA